GAGAGGGCGGCUCCGCCCCUCCCUCCCCCGCCGGAGCGCUGGGCCGGGAUCGAAGACUAACCUGCCCCAGCCCAGGGCCAGCCCAGUCGCUGCCGCCCGCCUACAAAGCCACAGGCAGGUGCAGGCGCAGCCGCUGCGCGAACGGGCAGAGCGGAGCCUUUAGGGCGCGCGCCAUCCGUGUGUCUGUCCGUCGCUCCAUCAAUCCGGGCGUCAGCUCGUCGGCGCACCGCCGCUCCCGCCCAGGCCCCAGCGGCCCCGGCCCCUCGUCGUCCCGCACCCGGAGCCGCCCUCCAGUGACGGCUUUGGCGCGGCAGCCAUGUCCAUGGGCCUGGAGAUCGCGGGCACCUCGCUGGCCGUGCUGGGCUGGCUGGGCACCAUCGUGUGCUGCGCGCUGCCCAUGUGGCGCGUGACGGCCUUCAUCGGCAGCAGCAUCAUCACGGCGCAGAUCACCUGGGAGGGCCUGUGGAUGAACUGCGUGGUGCAGAGCACGGGCCAGAUGCAGUGCAAGGUGUACGACUCGCUGCUGGCGCUGCCGCAGGACCUGCAGGCGGCCCGCGCCCUCAUCGUCGUCGCCAUCCUGCUGGCCGCCUUCGGGCUCCUUGUGGCGCUCGUGGGUGCCCAGUGCACCAACUGUGUGCAGGACGACACGGCCAAGGCCAAGAUCACCAUCGUGGCGGGCGUGCUCUUCCUGCUGGCCGCCUUGCUCACCCUGGUGCCGGUGUCCUGGUCGGCCAACACCAUCAUCCGGGACUUCUACAACCCCUUGGUGCCAGAUGCACAGAAGCGCGAGAUGGGCUCCGCUCUGUACGCGGGCUGGGCGGCCGCGGCGCUGCAACUGCUGGGGGGCGCGCUGCUCUGCUGCUCGUGCCCGCCGCGCGAGAAGAAAUACACGUCUGCCAAGAUCUUCUACUCGGCGCCGCGCUCCACCGGCCCGGGCACCGGCACCGGCACAGCCUACGACCGCAAGGACUACGUCUGAGUGAGCAGCCGCGGGGAGCCUCCACCACUCCCACGAGCUGGCGCGCCCCAGUCCUGCGUGCGGCCUUGCAUCGGAGACCAGCCCACCCAGAUGCCAGGCAACUCUCUCGCUGGACUGGGAGGGGACCUCCCGGCGCCCCCUUCCCCAGCUGCCACCCCUCCUCGGGCCCGGGAGCGGGAUUGCGGAGCCCAGGGGCCAGCCAGCAUGGACCAUGAAACCUUGCCCCUCUGGAGCGAGGAGCUGGGGUGACUGCCUCUACUUGUUCGCCCCGUCGGGCUGCGGCCUGACAGCCCUCGUUGAGCAGGGACCCGCAGUCUUGAAAAGGGCCACUUGAUAUUUUUCAAUAAAAACCUUUUGUUUUGCA